AUGCCGGUGCUCGACGCUCCAUUGUUUGGGGAGGAUCAUGAUCUUCCUGGUCGGCUGCCAGUGCGGCACAUGGAUGGUGUUUCAACUCACGCCGACAAUGUGCUGCCGCCACGGAGACACGCCGACCAUCUAGUGUCUCUGUACUGGGAGCGUCUGGACAGUCUUGAUCCUCUGCUGGACCAAGACCGCUUCUCUACGGCGUAUGAACAUCUGUUCACCGGCGGCGAACUUGACUGCGAUGAACGCAUCUUCGUCUCCACUCUUAACGCCAUAUUUGCCUUAUCUACCCAACUGCAAGAGUCCUCCUCGCCCCAUCAAAGAAAUGAGGCGAGCAAGACGUUCUUCCAGCGCGCCUGGUCCCUGCUUGGCCCGGAUGCCAUCGUCUGGGGCCAUGCCUCGCUCGAGCUGGUUCAGUGCCUGCUGCUUCUGGCACGAUUCCUGGAAUGUACGAGGAACUUGCAUCAGACGUGGAUGACCAUCGGGUCCGCCGUACGCAUAGCUCAAAGCCUGGGUCUGCACAUCCAGGAUAAACUCCCUUUCACUGACCCUUUGAACCCGGACAGUCGCCUGAGACGAAGAGUCUGGAAUUACUGUGCAUGGUUGGACAGGAAACUCUCAUGGACCCUUGGCCGGCCCUCCUUGGUGCCUGCGACUAUUUCGACCCGGGGGACUUAUUCAGGACACAAUUCCGAUCAUGCCGUAUGCGCAACUGACACUAGCUACGAGACCAAGACCAUGGAACUGUCCGAGAUCAUCAUUCAUAUAACUAUUUUACAGGUAUCAGCGCAGAGCAGCGUCGCUGAGCGCUUAGGCCUCCCGCCGUUACUCUUGACCGCCGAUCUCAAGACGACAAUGCAGGUUGAUGAGUGUCUGUCGAGGUUUGUGAAGACUCUGCCUCCGUCCUUGUCGCUUAACUCCGUUGCGGACAGCACGGCCAACGAACUGAGUGCCCAACCGCUGCUGCUGCAUAUUCGCAUCUCGCACGCACGGAUCAUCCUCUUCCGGCCCAUGUUCAGCCGUUUCUGUCUGCCGCAGUUCUCGAUGAACGGUUCAUCCACCACAGCCGGACAAGGAUUGGAAAGCCGUGUUGUGCAGGACGGCGCCACAAUGUGCGUCGAAAACGCCCAAAGGAUGAUCACACUAUUGUCCAACGGUCAUGGACCAGAUACGGCUUCCAGGAUUCUCCCAUGGUGGUACCGUGUAUUCUACACGUAUAUAGCCUCACAGAUCCUGAUUGCGGCGAUGCUCCGCGCGGAUAUCUUCAAAGCCAUGGUGCUGGACCACUGGAGCAGGGCCAUGUCCACGUUACAGGCGCAUGAGCAUCUCUGUCCAGCUGUGGCCCGAUUCCACGCGAGUUUCCAGUCCAUGUGGCAGCAGGUCAGCGACCUGCGGAAUCCGGGAGGUGGUGAUCAAGGCUUUGCAGCAGAUGCCUUUUCAGCGACGAACUUUCAGGAUUUGUUCCAGCACCUGGGUUUUGAACAAGGGGAUGACUUGUUUUUCAACUUCGGCGUCGAUAACAGUUCCGCCAUGGGCCACUUCGACUGGGAGUCUCCGGGUUGA